GACCAGCCCAACUUCAAAUCAAGCCAUCCAAAUCUCUCUCUACUUUCUCUCUCCUCAACAUUAAUUUUUCAUUUCUUUUCAAUAUUAACACCCAUAUAAUUAUUUUAUUACUUUAUUUUAUAAUUAUAUGAUCUGAAAUGACUCCUUCUCAAACACCCUAAACCCCCAUUGUCAACCAAGAAAUUCCUACAAUUUGUUUUUCUAGAGAGAGAAGAAAAAAGAGUUGGUGGGAAAGAAAGAAAGCUUGAUUUUCCAUUACUCAAGCUUCUGAAAAUCGAGGUAAAUUAUAAAAAUAACUCACUUGAUUUUUUUCCCCCUUCAUUUUUUAAUUUUAGUUUCUCUCUCUAGACUAAUUUUUUUUUUUUUAAAGAAAAUUAGUUUUUUCAUUUUUAAUGCAAUUGAGCAUUGUUUUUGUUUAUGAAACUUUGUUGCACAGAAGAAUACUGAAAAUGGGAGUGAGUUGAGCAACAACAAAGAGAAAAAAAAAGAUGUGCAGAUCACUAAAACUUGAUUAUUGUUUGUUGUUGUUGGUUGUUUGAAAAUGGGUGGAUUUAGAAAACCCAAAUUGUUAAUUGUUAUAGAAUUUGUGUUAUUAUGGUGGUGGUUGUUGAGAUUUGGGAGUACAUUGGUUUUAGUUGUUGGUCAACAGCAGCAACGAGUUACUUUGUCUUCUGACCGAGUUGCACUGAUUCAACUCAGAUCGUCACUGGGUCUCCGAGCCAGGGACUGGCCAAUUAAGCCGGACCCAUGUUCAUCUUGGAAGGGAAUUGAGUGCAGUAGUAAUGGUUCUGUUAUUGGGAUUAAUAUUUCAGGGUUUAAAAGGACUAGAAUUGGGGGUCUAAACCCUCAAUUUGUUGUUGAUUCUCUUGGUAAUUUGACCAGUUUAGUAUCGUUUAAUGCCUCUUUGUUCGACCUUCCGGAUCGGAUACCCGAGUGGUUCGGGUUCAGGUUGGGUAGUUUGCAGGUCCUUGAUCUUCAUUCUUGUUCUAUUAAUGGUUCUAUACCUUUGAGUUUGGGGAGGUUGAGUAGGUUAAGAAUUUUGGAUUUGUCUAAUAAUGAUCUUAGUGGUGUUGUACCCCCUACUUUGGGUCAACUGGUGAACCUUUCUAGCCUUGACCUUUCCCACAAUUCACUUGAUGGGUCAAUUCCAGAUUCCUUUGCCUCUCUUAGGAACAUCUCGUUUCUUGAUUUAUCGUCGAAUUUGCUUUCCGGAUCGAUCCCUCGUGGUGUUGGAGUUUUGCAGAAUCUCAGAAGUUUGAAUUUUUCAAACAAUAGGCUUAUGUCUGCUAUCCCUCCUCAACUUGGUGAUCUUAAGAGUCUGGUUGACCUGGACCUCAGCUUUAACUCUUUGGUAAGUUCGUUGCCUUCGGAUUUGAAGGGAUUGAGGAGUUUAAGAACCAUGGUUCUUGGGGAAAAUAGACUUUCAGGUUCACUACCAGAUGGUUUAUUCCCAGCUUUAACCAAGUUGGAGAUUCUGGGUUUGAGCCACAACAACUUUACUGGAGCUAUUCCUGAUGCAUUGUGGUCGAUUUCUACACUGCGACUCGUUGAUAUCUCUGGAAAUAACUUUACGGGUACUCUUCCGAACAUUACCAUGAAUAGCAAUGCCACUGCUACAGUGCUUAAUCUUUCUAACAAUGAAUUUUACGGGGGACUGAAUUUGGUGCUUCAGAAAUUUAGUUCGAUUGAUUUAUCAGGUAAUUACUUUGAAGGAAAGUUACCUGAAUAUGUGAGUGAUGGUCCAUCCCUUAUUGCCAAUUGUCUUCAACAAGCUACGGGUCAGAGGACACAGGAGGAAUGUUCCUCAUUUUAUACAUCAAAGAAUUUGGUUUUCGACAAUUUUGGGCUUCCGAGUACUAAUGUCAAUCCCGGACAAGUGCCUCCGAGGAAGAAUCACAGGCGUACUAUUAUUUUGGCUGCAGUUCUCGGGGGUGUUGGCCUAUUGCUGCUGCUGCUUUUACUAUUGAUACUGUGCAUAUGCGCCCGAAGGAGGCGUGGUACUAGGCAAAGAGGGAACGGUGUGGGUCCAAGCCCUCCCACCGGAGCUAUUCCACCUUCACCAGGAGUGUCAAUUAAUUUUUCAAGUUUGGGAGACUCAUUUACAUAUCAGCAGCUGGUUGAUGCUACGAGUAAUUUCAGUGAUUUGAACCUCAUUAAAAAUGGGCAUUCUGGUGAUUUAUUCCGAGGUCUCCUUGAAGGUGGUGUCUCUGUGGUGGUUAAAAGAAUAAACUUGAAUUCAGUGAAAAGGGAGUUGUACCUUGUAGAAUUGGACUUCUUCAGUAAAGUUUCACAUCCUAGACUGGUUCCUCUUUUGGGAUACUGUUUGGAUCAGGAAAAUGAGAAAUACCUUGUUUACAAGUACAUGCCAAAUGCAGACUUAUCAAGUUCCUUGUUCAGGAAGGUCAAUACUGAUGACAGUUUGCAGUCCCUUGAUUGGAUAACAAGACUAAAGAUAGCUAUAGGAACAGCAGAGGGUCUAUGUUACCUACAUCACGAAUGUACACCGCCAUUUGUUCACAGGGAUAUACAAGCAAGCAGUAUACUCCUUGAUGAUAAAUUUGAAGUAAGACUUGGCAGUCUCGAUGAAAUAUGUGUACAAGAAGGAGAUACUCAACCCGGAGUCAUUACAAGAUUGUUGCGGUUGCCACAGACAUCUGAACAAGGGCCAUCAGGUUCUCAGACAUCAACGUGUGCAUACGAUGUUUACUGCUUUGGAAAGGUGUUACUUGAGCUAGUCACGGGCAAACUAGGCAUAAGUUCAUCAAGCGAUACUAGUAUGAAGGAAUGGAUGGAUCAAACAUUGCCCUAUAUAAACAUAUACGACAAGGAACUGGUAACGAAAAUUGUGGACCCCUCUUUAAUAUACGACGAAGACCUCCUUGAAGAAGUAUGGGCAAUGGCUAUCGUAGCUAGAUCAUGCCUCAAUCCAAAGCCUUCAAGGCGGCCCCUCAUGAGAUACAUCCUUAGAGCAUUGGAGAAUCCAUUAAAGGUUGUAAGAGAGGAAAAUGUCGGUUCAGGGAGACUUAGAACGACAUCUUCAAGAGGAUCUUGGAAUGCUUCAGUAUUUGGAAGUUGGAGACAGAGCUUGGAUGUGGGUGCUGGUGCGGGUGCGGCCCCACCUGCUUCCCGGUUUGAGGGAACAAGCAGCCUUAAACGGUCAGGUACUUCCGGGUCCCAGGGCAGUGGGCAAGUUGGCGGGGGUGACAAUUCAUCCUCACAACGACGACAUUCCUCUAGGGAGAUAUUCCCAGAACCCGUUGACACAACACAUGAUGUAGACAGACCAAAGUCCAGAUGAAAUUAAAUUUGUUCGUGUCACAUCCUUUACAGGUAGUGGGUUUUCGGGGCCAGUUUUGGUGUCGAUUUUUCGGAGGUGUACAGCCGUUACUCGUGAUGAAGGGUUUGUAGGAAGGGCGCUCAAUUUCAUGAGCCGCGACUGCUUUGCAGUUAACUGAUUGAUUGAUGCAUCUUGUAUGAGGGGAGAGGCAGGACUUUCCUAAUAGCCAAUUAUUCUCAUUUGUUCGAGCUUGUUUGUGAUGGAGAGCCAACUAAGACAACCAAAAAAGAACAAGCUACUACAAUUUUUUCUGUAAUUGAUCUAUUUUGAUUUUCGGGUUCUCAGUUGUGAAAGGUGUAAAUUAUUAGAUGGGUUUAGAACUCUUGACUGCUUUUUUUUCAUUUUAGAUUUCGAUUUUGGUGGAAGUCAUGGGUGCAAAGAAGUGGAAAGGAAACCAGAAACACAUUAUAACUUUAUUUAUUCUUAUUUUCUUGUCCAUUAUUUAAUUCAAAAAAAGGUUCGGUAUUGA